AUGGAGAAAAAGAAAAGAAAAGGCGAUAAACUUAAAGGUAUGGAGUAUUGGAAAAAGUGGUGUGGUUCACCGGCUACCCGUAAACAAGAGAAUUUGGGACCAACAACUAGUUUGCAUGCUGACAAUAAAAUUGUGAUCACAAGCGAGCCUUCGACUUCAUUUACGGUAUCCAAUGUCGAGACCGAGUCGGUGGUGUCGCCAGCGCCCUGUUUUAUACCUACCACUACCGACCCUUCACUUAGCCUAGAACCGACCAGCAGCAGCACCAGCUCAUCUGUUACGUCAUCUUCACAUUCUUCUAAAUUGGAUGUUGGUUUUUAUGCGACUGAAGACAAUAUCGAGAAUGAAUAUCUAAAGGCCCAAAUUUUAAAAGAGCCUUGGACUCCACCUCAAGAUUACAAGUUUCCCAUUUCUACAAAACGAAAUUUGCGCUUUCAAAUGAAAUGGAUGGAAAGAUUCCCCUGGUUGGCAUAUUCUGAGUAUAAAAGUGGAGCAUAUUGUAGAAUUUGCGUCGUAAUGAGACGUUCGCUUGAUGAAGGUAAAGGGGGCCAUCAGCGGGUCGGCCAGCUUGUAACCGAUCCUUUUUGCAAGUGGAAGAAUGCAUUAGAAAUAUUUGAAACUCAUGCAAAAUCAGGAUAUCACAAACGAAAUUUGGAACUCGCAGAUAACUUCCUAAAAGUAAUGUCUUCUCAGGUUGUUUCAGUUGAUGAGCAGUUGUCUUCUGAAAGAAAAAGACAGCAACAAGAAAAUCGAAAAAAACUAAUCCCCAUCGUAAAAGGAAUAAUUUUUUGCGGCAAACAAGGUAUACCUUUAAGAGGUAAAACUGAUUCGGGACGGAUUCACGUUACACCGGAGUCUGAACAACCACUUCAGAAUGAGGGUAAUUUUCGAGCUCUAUUGCGGUACGCAGCCGAAUCUGGGGAUAAAGAUCUUUCGGAGCAUUUGAUCACUUCUCAGAAGAAUGCCCUUUACACGAGCCCACAAAUCCAAAAUGAAAUAAUUGACAUUUGUGGUGAAAUUAUUCAACACAAGAUCAUUAACGAAGUAAAGGAAGCUAUUUUUUUUUCGAUUCUCGCUGACGAGACAACUGACAUUGCGCGUAUGGAGCAAGUCUCAUUGUGCUUGCGAUAUGUUGAUUCAAAAGAUGCGAAACAACAUAAAGUUAAGGAGAUGUUUUUAGAGUAUAUUCCAACUGUUGACGUGACAGGAUCCGGUCUUGCAAAUCUUAUAAUUACAGCUCUGAAAAAGCAUGGACUUGAUUGUUCUCAUGUGGUUGGUCAAGGUUACGAUGGAGCUGCAGCUAUGAGUGGGUAUUUGCACGGUGCCCAAGCAUUUAUUCGUCAAGACUGUCCUCUUGCUCUUUAUGUACAUUGUAGUGCACACUCUCUCAAUCUCGCUAUUGCCGACUCAUGUUCUCAAGCAGAAGUACGAAACUGCGUUGGAAUCGUACAAUCUGUUGGUUCCUACUUUAGACAUUCGGCUCAACGCACUGCUGUUCUGAAAGAAAAAAUUAGGGAUUUGUUACCGGCUGAUCAUCAAAAAAGCUUGCUUGCAAUGUGUGAAACACGGUGGGUUCAUAAGCAUGAAGCCGUUAUAAGAUUUAAAGAAAUUUAUUCAGCGAUUGUGCAUGCUCUCGAAGAACUCCAAUCUAGCCACAAUAAAGAAACAUCGCAACAAGCCGUCCAAAUGCUUAACACACUUCGAUCUUCGAAUUUUGUUAUGUGCCUAGUAAUUCUUCAAAAAGUUAUGAGCUAUACAUUGUCGCUGUCAAAGCAACUGCAGACAGUUAACGCAGACCUCAUAACAGCAUUCAGCCACGUUGAUAAUGUUAUUAAUGCUUUGCAACUUUUAAGAGACAAAGUUGACGAAGAGUAUCUCCAUCUAUAUGAAGAAGCAAAGGUGUUGCUCGAAGAAAAUGGUGGUAUACUGCUUAUGCCACGUAUUGUCGGAAGGCAGCUGAAUCGCUCAAAUAUUCCUGCGUCGGAUAUAUCCACGUAUUAUAAAUUAAAUUUAUUCAUCCCUUUUCUCGACCAUACAAUACAACAAUUGAUUGAGAGGUUUAUAAAACACCGUAAAGUAGUAUCGGCACUAUCUUGUGUGUUACCGUCAAAUUUUGCGACCAGUUGUGAAAUUGAAGAGGCAUUUUGUAUGUAUUCGACAGUGCUGCCCGAAAAAUGUUCAUCUGUUGUCAAAGCAGAACUUGAAGUGUGGAAAGCAGCCAUGACUCUCACAUCCCCUAUUCCAAAAUCAGCUCUGGAAUGCUUAGAUAACUGCGACCAAAAACUAUAUCCAAAUAUUUACACAUUGUUGCAAAUAUUGGCGACCAUACCUGUUUCCACUGCUACCCCAGAAAGGACUUUUUCAAGCCUAAGAAGACUUAAAAACUACUUGAGAAACACAACAAGUGAAAACAGAUUGAAUGGCUUGGCUCUCAUGAACAUUCACUAUAUGAUAGAAAUUGACGCGAAUGAAGUAGUGGAUAUAUUUAAAAAGAAAAACAGAAGAUUAAUUCUGUAA